GAAAUCUGGCCGGUAAAUAAAGCGUGUGGAUGACGUGAUUAGGAACAAGAUUCUAUUUUUGUCCGAAUUUCCGUCCGAAUCUCCUGCUUUCUUCUUCUUUGGGUUUUUUUUUGCCUCUCCUCGCAUGAGCGUCCAAUUUUCUUUUUCACCCCCUUUUUUCUCGUGCUUUGUCGCCUUUCGUCAUUGGAGGGGGACUCAGCGUGGGAGACGGUCGUCUGGGCGCGGGGUAUAAAAACGUCAACGUCGCCAUCCUCCUCUUGAGUUGAACUUGACAUUCCAAAAGGACUUGUCAAAAGCUCGCGCAACCAUCAUACAUACUAGAGACAGCAAUAAUUAGAGUACAGUAAAACAUGAAGUGCACACGCUCCCUUCUCGCUACUCUGGUCGUCUGCUGCGCAUUCCUCGCCUUGGCUGGAACACCCGUAUUCGCGCAACCAUCUGUGACUGGCCGCCCGUCAUCUGGUGUGCCCGCCAUCACAGCGCCUCCGUCCCUCCCGGCACUCCCUAGCGACACUGAAGGACCAAGCGGCAUUACGGUGCCAGCCACUAUCACCGCUCGGCCUUCAAGUGUGACUUCUGGAGUCGUUGUUCCGACGCCUAUUAAUGGCACCAUUGUCGGCAAUGCUACCAGACCUGUCACGGGCACUGCCAUUGUGCAGCCAACGCCAAUCCCAAUCAAUCCCCGACCAGCUUCUCCCACCGCUCGUUCCACUGCUACCGUGUCACCUCUCCCUCCUUUCAAUGUGAAUGCUGCCGGUCGCCUUGCUGAAAACAUGGUGGGAGUGACGUGGAUCAUCACCCUGGCUGUGGGAGCUUUUGUCUAUCGCAUCGCAGAGUUUUAGAUGUAUAUAUCAUGAUGUACCUAGCGCAAGUAUUAUGGAUAUUGUGAAUAGUGAAAGAAUAAUAAUGUAACGAAAAUAUACGAAAUCACAAGGAACACCAGUCAAAUAGCGUCAGUAUAAUAUAACC